CAUUUCUCAAACACUGAGUUUAGAUCGAGUUGAGUGAGAGAAUACUAAUGAGUUUCAGAAAUAUGUUGAAAGUGAGUUUCUUAAUGUUGCUUGCCAUGGCUUUGGCAGCAACAAAUACUCAUGCUCGCUUAGAUCUAUUUGGCCACCAGCUGCUUACCUCCAAGAGCCAACCAGAUCCCAAUUAUGAAGAAGCAGAGAUGUUCAAAUCAGCAACCACUAAAGAGGCCGAAAAAUUGAUGAAGGCAGCAGCUGUAGUCCAAGAAGAGAAACCGAGUAGCAGCAAAGUAAAAGCAGAUACAAUUCCAUAUUCAGAAUGCCAGGAAAACUGCAACUAUACAUGUGUUUGCACACUUAUUUGGCCACCUGAACUAUCACAGUGCAUCUGUGCUGGAUCAAGCAAAUUAUCAACCACUAAUGCGGCCGAAAAUUUGCUUAAGCCAGCUGCUGUAGUCCAAGAAGAGAAACCGAGUAGCAGCAUAGUGAAAGCAGAUACAAUUCCAUAUUCAGAAUGCCAGGAAAGCUGCGAGUAUACAUGUGUUUGCACACUUAUUUGGCCACCUGAACUAUCACAGUGCAUUUGUGCUGGAUCAAGCAAAUUAUCAACCACUAAAGCGGCCGAAAAUUUGCUUAAGCCAGCUGCUGUAGUCCAAGAAGAGAAACCGAGUAGCAGCAAAGUGAAAGCAGACACAAUUCCAUAUUCAGAAUGCCAGGAAACCUGCAACUAUACAUGUGCUUGCACACUUAUUUGGCCACCUGAACUAUCACAGUGCAUUUGUGUUGGAUCAAGCAAAUUAUCAACCACUAAAGCGGCCGAAAAUUUGCUUAAGCCAGUUGCUGUAGUCCAAGAAGAGAAACCGAGUAGCAGCAAAGUGAAAGCAGAUACAAUUCCAUAUUCAGAAUGCCAGGAAAACUGCAACUAUACAUGUGUUUGCACACUUAUUUGGCCACCUGAACUAUCACAGUGCAUUUGUGCUGGAUCAAGCAAAUUAUCAACCACUAAAGCGGCCAAAAAUUUGCUUAAGCCAGCUGCUGUAGUCCAAGAAGAGAAACCGAGUAGCAGCAAAGUGAAAGCAGACACAAUUCCAUAUUCAGAAUGCCAGGAAACCUGCAACUAUACAUGUGCUUGCACACUUAUUUGGCCACCUGAACUAUCACAGUGCAUUUGUGUUGGAUCAAGCAAAUUAUCAACCACUAAAGCGGCCGAAAAAUUGCAUAAGGAAUUGGACUUGGUGUCCAAACCAGUUGCAAAAUUGGAAGGAAGCUUUCUUCCAUAUCCGGAAUGCAUCGAAAAAUGUGAUGAGUGUGUAAUCUGCACUAGAGUUUAUCCGAUUGAGGCGGCAUAUUGCUAUUGUGGCAUGAAUCCAUCAAUUCAGAAAUCGGAUGCAGGCAUAGCCCUCCCAAUCUAGCUUAGCUGCUAGCUGUUCUUCCCUGAAUGGUUGACUUCAACGAUGAAUAAAAGGGCUAUAAUUUGUUUGAUUUACUCCUGUUGAUGCCUAGAGUUCCUUUGAGUUGUCUUAAUGGUGUACGUGUGUUAAGACUUAAGUUUCUCUAUAGAAUAAGCUUGCUAUGCCUAUAUGCAUGUAAGCGGUCUUCUGUUGUACGCUGGUUGUCAGUUUCGAUUGACUAAUUAGCUUGUAAUGAAAUAAAGUUUACGAGCUUUAGCAUUA